AUGAAGUCGAACACGACUAACCACCGUUCAUUGUUUCUCGCAGAUGAAAGCCACGAUGAAUCGUCCGACGAGCAAGCGCAGGGCCGCCCUCGCACCGGCCAACGGACCAAACAUCCAAGGCGCAGCCUCGAUGACGUCAACAAAGCUGACGUCGCUGGGAAAACCGUUCCUGCACUGGCAGCUGGAGUGAAGUCCGUGGCUGGCGGUGGUCCCCUCGAUGAUGCUGCAAGUGAUCCCUUCCCUGCUGCUGCCGCUGCUGGUGGAUCUUCCCCUGCUGUCGCUGCAGCCGGGUCUUCCCUUGCUGCCGCUGCUGCCGGAUCUUCCCCUGCCGCAGCUGCUGCCGGACCUUCCCGUUCUGCUAUUCGGGACGGUGGUUCCCCUCCUGCUGAUGUGGCUCCCGAUGCUGUUGUUCCCGCCGGGACACCUGCUGCUGUUGAAGGAAACCCCAACCGCAGCCCAAUGGAGUUGCUUAUGACCCGGGCGACGGGGCGUGCGUAUGCAACUGAUGCCGCUCGCUUCGACGAGGAAGCGCGCGCCGAACCUGAUGUGAAUGAGGAGCUUCGAACUAAGGCAGAAGCUCAGAAGGCGAUCGCCGGAGUUUAUCAGAAAGAGAAUGGUCGCCUCGCCGAUGACCUGAAAAGCGCGCUGGUGCUUAUAACGCACCUUGCUAAGAAGACCACGCAAGUGGACCAGUCGACUCUCGUCUGGAAGUUUACGUCGUGUGCAGGGCAUGCAGGCUACACCCCCGAAUCGGCCGAAGGGAUGCAGGUGGCAGCGAUUGCCAAGUCGCAGGGCAAGCUGAAGGAUGCUAUGGAACGUUUUAACGAUCGCAUCGGGAAGAUCUACCGCCUCUGCCGCGUUUACGCCUUGAGCCGAGAUCCGUGUGUCUUCAUGAGGGAGAAGCGAACCCUGAAGGGCGAGCUAACUUUCUCCGAGAUUGAUGACUUCGCGAAGGUGUGCGCGGACUUCGUGAAGAACCAAUCCGACACGUUUGUUAAGUGUGCGUCCCUUUGGGACCCGGAAUUCGAUGGCGCCCUUCCCAUUGCGUUGUUUCCUGAUCAGCUGCUGGUUAUCCUUGCAGCGGUAAGUCAAGUGCGUUUCAAGCUUCGUUAUCCCCAUGGCAAGGCCCAGUUUAAGCGAUCAGGGGACCCGUCAGCCUUCUCCAGGCAGGCACGGGUGGUGCAGAGGUGGAUCAACGAGGGGCCCGUUGAACGGGAUGGCGACUGUGUCGGCAUUGGCAGCAUCUGCAUCGUUGGAUGGAAGGAGAUCCCUGAAGCUGAGCUGGAAGCAGAUGAGCUCGGGGAUUUGACCCGAGAUGACCUCACCUCCAGGGCUGCUUAUCGCAGGCUUCACAACGCAAACGAGCCGCAGGUGGAGCUGUUCUAG